UGGCUCUCUUCGGUGGCACUAGAAAUAAAGAGCGAGUUUCGGACCCGGAGGGUUCUUUAACCAAUAAGAACAUUAUAAAAUUAUCAGUAAUGGCUGGUCUGUCUGCGAAGAGUAAAUGAAGGCAGUGAAGAUUGUUUAUUUGGUUGGCUAAUUGUAUUUGUUUUUUAUUGUGCAUGAAGUAUAAUUAAGUAGAAGCACGAAAGUUGGGCGUGUAUAUAAGAUGGUCUGUGUAUCAGGCUGUACUAGGCCUACCUACGAGCAGAGUGACAGGUGCUCCGUCCAUACAUCUCUAUUAUCCAUCAUCAACAAGUGAUUGAUGUGGCUUGUACAACAUCCGGAGAGUAUACUGAACAAGAUCUUCCAUGAAUGAAAACCCCAGUUUUGUGCAGGGACCAAGCUAGCAAUUAGCAUGGGGAACAGCAAUAGUUGUUGCAAGUUCAAUAACUCAAGUCAUCCCCCAAGCACAAAUUUUGAAGAACCUCUACCUGAAGGUGAAGAGAGUGUAGGUAAUUUACAACAUAUAAGUGAACGUGAACCUGAAGACUGGGAUGCAGAUCCAUCUCUUCAUCCAAAAGCUGGAACUAUUUUUAUGGAAAGAUCAAAAGCAUCACUAGAAAAUGGGAUGGUGCGAAAGAAAAGUCAGAAUCAUCUGGUUGAUGUGCGACCUCUGAAAAAGAGCAGUUCCUGCUCUACUAUAUAUUUGGAUGAUAGUACUGUGUCUCAGCCUAACUUGAAAAACACAGUUAAAUGUGUUGCCCUUGCCAUCUAUUAUCACAUCAAGAACCGAACUUCGCAUCGACAGCUUGAUAUAUUUGACGAAAAGCUUCAUCCUCUUACGAGAGAUGGUGUUGCAGAUGACUAUGACAAGCACGAUCCUGAACAUAGGCAGAUAUAUAAAUUUGUAAGGACGUUAUUUAAUGCAGCACAGCUUACUGCUGAGUGUGCCAUAAUUACUCUUGUUUAUUUAGAAAGGCUUCUCACUUACGCAGAAGUAGACAUCACACCAGCUACGUGGAAAAGAAUUGUUCUUGGAGCUAUUUUACUAGCAUCAAAAGUUUGGGAUGACCAGGCUGUUUGGAAUGUGGAUUAUUGCCAGAUUUUAAAAGACAUAACUGUGGAAGAUAUGAAUGAAUUAGAGCGUCAGUUUUUAGAAAUGCUUCAGUUCAAUAUUAAUGUUCCAUCCAGCGUUUACGCCAAGUAUUAUUUUGACCUUCGAACACUCGCUGAAGCCAAUGACCUCGCGUUUCCUGGUGAACCACUGAGCAAGGAGCGUGCCCAAAAACUGGAGGCUAUGUCACGUGUCUGUGAAGACAAAGUCAAUGAAGCUCUUCGCAAUGGCUUCAAAAAAUGGUCCAGUAUGGAUAACGUGAGCAUGGGAGGUCCACGACGUAGUGUGGCAAUAUUAUCAUGAGUGGCCGUAAUAUUUACCUACAUUUAUUCCCUAUUAAAUCCACGGAGAUGGGUGUGCUAGUCAGACAACUUCACACUGCAUACUCUGGUGUCCUUGUACGGACAUUCAUGCACGUGUCUAUUCAACGAAAUACAUAGAUGUGUGGUAUACGGAAAGUGCUUAAAACUCUCUGCCAAAGCAACUUUACUGCAAUUUCUUUUUAUCGAUUUGGGAAGUAGAUUAGCAUUCAGAUCUUCUGAGACUAGCUCAGGCAGUUAUAUGAGGAGAACAAAAUUAGAGCUGCAAGGACUCAUUGAAUACGAAAUUAAUUACUUUGAUGCACAGCUUGCUUGAAGUCCAUUUGCUAAUUAGCACAAACACUUUAAUCUUGGAGCUUUCCUUAGUAAUUCAAUUUCAGAGAAUGGUUUUCCAUUCUUAUAUAUCUAUAUUCUCUGGCAGUUGUAAUUGAUUGGAUGUCCAAUCUUCAUUACCGUUUUUCAAAUUUACAGUUUCAUGCUUGCAUGGUAUAUAAUAAAAUAUUAUAAUACCAUAUAUUUGAGACAUUCAGCAAUACUAGAGAUUUUGUAAAAGUAUGAAUUGCUGAGUUUCUUAUAAUAAUUUGUACAGUGAUUUGGAAAGGACAAUGUAUUUAGUUAGUCUUAGUGAUAAUUUUGUGAAGCCAUGUGAUAUUGAAAUUGAAUUGACUUCAUUACAAAGUCAUGCAUUAUACCCUCAGUAGAUCUGAAUGUUUAUCUGCCUUCAUUGUAAAAUGAGGCUGAAGGGAAAGGCAUGUCUGUAUAUAAACAAGAGGCAUUUUUGCCUUGGGCUUCACUCUACAUUCUUCCAGGUUUUGUGUAACAAAUUUUGACUCCAAAGAUGGUGAGACAUAGAGAAAUCAUACAUAUAAUUUUUAUCCUUUAAUAUAAUCUGUAUAAAGCUAGAUUCAUUCAUAUUGUUAUACUAUAAUAUUAUACUAGACUGCAGAACAUAAAUAUGAGUUGGCAUAUGUAGACAAAGUAUUUGCUCAUUGUACUCAAGCAGUCAAAUGACUGUUUUCAUAUGUGCAGCUUAGCAUAUGUUAUGUCAAAUUUAUAUGUAGCACAAUGCCAGCCAUUGCUUUCUGUGAUCAAAUUAUAUUAUUUAUCCAUAUUUUUUGUGAAUGCCAAAAAUGAUUUAUUGAUGGUCUUCUACCAGUAGACUGUAAAUGUUUCAUAUUGUUUUAUUUCUUUGAAAUAUAUUAGAUUGUAUUGGUUAUUCUGAAGAAGCAUGCGCUAUGUAAUAAGUUCUAUUACAUUGUUUUGUGAAGGGGCAUUGAUUAGGUAGCUUUCUCUGGGAUAGGAAAAAAUGGUUUUGUGAGGCUUACAUGCUAAGACAUGUUAUGUUAAACUGUCUUGUAAGUUCCUUUCAUUCCUCAUGAGUGUUAUGAUAAUGGUAAGUCAGGGUGAAAUAAUUUGCUUCACAUUAUAUUAAGAGAUGUGAAUGACAAAAGGAGAUUUGUGGGAAGGAAGUGUGUUUGUGACCUCCAGCCUUAGGGACAGAAGAAAUUUAAUGCAGUAUUUACAAUUCAUUAAUUAUUUUGCAGUAUUUAUAUUAACUUUCAGUUCUAAUUUUUGUCCUUUUACUUCAGUUUUCUUUGUGCACAGUUAGUAUUUAAUUUUAUCACGGACAAGUUAUCCAUGUGGCUCUAAUCAAAACAUUUUCAAGUAUUAAGUUUUCCUGUGAAAGUGGAUGGAUGUAUGAGGAACACCUGGAAAUUGAUCUUUUUAUAGUAAAAUUAAUAAACUUUAAUUUUUAAAAUAUAUUUUGGAAUUAUAUAAUUCAGAUUUUUGCAAAAAUAUUCAUAAUAUGGAUAUACAUACAAAA